UCGAAGCGAGUAGCCUCGCAGGUUGUGUCAGAUGUGUGAACGUUACGGUAGUCCGUUACAGUACUUACAGCAGAGUUGAGUAAAAACACUGGUUGUGAGGUCGUAUAUGGGAUUCGAGUGAGAAGCACUGGGUCCGUCAGUCCAGGAAGUCGAAAUGGUCAGCACUCCGCUGCCAGUGCCGGCGCACUUUUCCCAAGCCCAGCAGUCGUUCUCUCUGAAAAAGCGCCGUCUUCCUUUCUCCUCUUCUGCCUCGUCAAGCUCUCUGUCUCCUCAGCGGCCACUCUCGCGCUCCCUGCCCCCGCGGCCCCCGUCCAAAGGCUACCCCCCUCUGAGCCGUGUGUUUCCCCAGCGCCGGGCCCCAUGGACCCCGCUGUCCUGUGCGCUGAUCAAAAACCCACCGCCACGCUCCCUGUAUGACCCUGACCGGCCGCAGUCCUUCUUCAGCCAGUGCUUCAUCAACCUGGGCCUGAUUGGCAGAGGCUCCUUUGGGGAGGUGUACAAGGUGAAGAGUCUGCUGGAUGGCCGGCAGUACGCUGUGAAGCGCGCGGUACAGCGUUUCCGGAGUCAGGCCGAGCGGUCCCGGAGCAUCAAAGAGGCUCGUAAUCAUGAGCGUCUCCAUCCGCACCCACACAUCCUGGGCUUCAGUGCCGCCUGGGAGGAAGGAGGACAUCUGUACAUUCAGACUGAGCUCUGCUGCACCAGCCUGCUGCUCCACUCUGAGGACCAACCGUCAAACCCAGGUGAGGCGUGUGCGUGGGAUUACCUGUGUGACUUGCUCCUGGCUCUAGAUCACUUGCACUCUCAGGGCUUCGCUCAUCUGGACCUCAAACCUGCCAACGUUUUCCUCACGUGCUCCAGGCGCCUCAAACUGGGCGACUUUGGCCUCCUGCUGGAGCUGCCCGGGGAGAGUGAGGAAGGGAAGGUGGAGGGCAGGGAGAAAGAGAAGCGAGAGAAAGAUGAUGCACAGGAGGGAGACCCCCGAUACAUGGCUCCUGAACUGCUGAGGGGAGAAUACGGACCUGCUGCAGAUGUCUUCAGCCUGGGAGUGUCCAUCCUGGAGUUGUCCUGUAAUAUUGAGGUGCCUAAAGGAGGAGAAGGCUGGCAGCAGCUCAGGAAGGGUUGCUUGCCAUCAGAAUUCACUAAUGGCCUGUCUCCAGACCUGCAGGUCGUUCUGAGGCUGAUGCUGGCUCCGGAGCCUAGAGACAGAGCUACAGUUCAGCAGCUUCUGGCUCUGCCUUCAGUACGCAAACACAGGUGGAGAAGACAGGUUUCACUGCGGCUCCGUGAGAGCUGGCUGUCCAUACUGACCCUCACACAGUUCAUCCUCUCUGCAGGCUGGAGUUUCUUGUCCUCCUUAAAUCUGCCCUUUAUUCCCCGCUGUCCUUCGCCAACACCCUGCACGCCCCCCAGAGAGAGCUGGGAGAGGGAGGGUGAUGUUAGUGCUCUGCAGCACAGUGCAAUGCUCUCAGAGCCGGACACGCUUACAGACGACCCUGUGUUUCUGCCGGACACACUUGGCCUACGACACUCUCCUACAUUCACACACAGAAUCCAGGCCAGGUUAUCUCUUGGAAGCACUUCGACCCCACUGCCCAACUCGAGCUCACUCGCUUGCGACAGCCUCUCACACACUCCCACCCGCAGCCUCACACACACUCCCUCCAGCAUCCACUCCAACGUCUCCAGACACACACUGCCGGGCUCGCCCAGCCUCAGCCCGAUCCGGCUAGGAUCUCCAACCCCAUCUAAUCGCUCAGCGGACCCACAGCUCCUCUCGGACUCCCCAGCCUCCAGCCGCUCGUGCCGCAGCUUGGCCGAAAACGAGCAGAGAAGCGGCUUUGAGCCCAAAAACCUGCUCAGCCUCUUUGAUGAGACCACGUAAGAAACGUAGUUUUCACGUAAGUGAAACUUGAGCAAGAAACUCAUUGUCUGCUCUUUACUUUAUACUGGGAGUGUUUGGGACCUCGGAUCGCUGCAUUAGAGAGAAAUGGGAGCAAAAAAGAAGUGUUGGUUUUAGUUACUUCAUAUUGAGAUAUUUGUGUUGUAAAGAGACUUUGCUUUUUGUUUACAUUCUGUAAAGAUGAUUUUUCUGUGAUUUUUUUUAAAGAUUUUCCAGUUCAGUGUUUUUUUUGCAGUGCAGUGUACAUUGUAGUGAAAGAACAUUGUGACUAUUACUUUUUUGAGUUUUACGUCAGAAUUUUCAUGUAUUGUUUCUGAAUGUAUGAUUUCUCUGUUAGUGGCGACAAGUCAAAUGUUUGUUUAUCUGUGCUGUGUUGUAUUUACGGCUGAAGUCGGUCAGGACGUUAGUCGUAUGGGUGUAUAUUGGUUCUGCAGGCAUCCUGUACAUUGUUAUUAUAUACAAAGUGUUUGUGGGUAACAGUUUGAACAUACUUGCACAAAAACACCUUCCUGAAAUCUU